AUGAUCUUGAACAAAUUUCAUCACCUCAUGAAAAAGGUGGAUGUGAAUGGAUGGACUGCACUUCAUUAUGCUGCUAAAUUCAAUCAGAUUGAAACAGUAAAUGUGUUAUUGUCAAAAGACAACUCUGUGGGUUAUGUUUUUGCAAGUAACGAUGACGCUUUAACAGCUCUUCAUAUUGCCAUAAUGCAUGGACAAUUACGUGUUGCCAAGGAAAUUUUGUCGCACUGCCCUGAUUGCUGGGAGAUGGUGACUUAUAAAAAUGAAAAUAUACUGCACCUUGCCAUUGAGAAUGAGCAACAAGAAGUGCUUGAGUUCAUUUUGGAUACUAGUUGGGCUUCUGAACUCAUAAAUAAAAAGGAUGAAGAUGGGAACACUGCUCUUCAUCAUUAUGUUGGUACCAAAAAUUUAAAGGGGUGUAAUCUUGUAAACCAUCCUUGGGUUGACAGGAGUGCCUUUAACAAAAAGGGGUUGACUCCGUUAGACAUUGUCACAAGGGAGACGGAACAACUCACGACAAGACAGUCACUUAAACAUGAGUUGCUCACACCAAGUGCGGGCACAAAUUUUUGGAGGGUAUUCCCUGAACAACCCGAUGAAGCAAGCGGUGUUGGGGAACGUGAUAAUGCACAAACAUUUAUGGUUAUUACUACACUAAUACUCACUGUUAGUUUUGUAGCUGGAUUCACCAUCCCGGGCGGUUACGACUCCUCAAAAGAUAAUGCAGGCAUGGCGAUUCUUGGAAAGAGAGCAUCGUUCGUGGCAUUUGUCGUCUGA